ACUAAAUUUUAAAAUUAAUUUAAUUAUCGAAAUACUCUCCGGCCCUACAAACGACAGUCCCUCAUAUUUAAAUGAAUGCCCUUGAAAAAAAUGAGUGGGAUCUGAGUACAGGACUAUAGUGACCCACAAGUAGAGCUUCCAGUGUCUAUUCAUAAGAAAUUUCCCUUUAAUUUCUCCAUACAACCAUUUUGUACUUCUCAUGCAUUAAUAUGGACAAACCUACUUUCCUUACAACAUGGACAAGCUGCCAAGCAACCUUCACAGAUCAAACAGCCACACACCCCACGCCAUGGGCAUGAACUUGGGAUUCAGUACAUGGCUCGACACGAACUCAGCCUAGCCCAAUACAAAUAUUUCCCUUAGCAACUUUGCAUCCUGUAAUUUGAUAAUGUAACCAGUGACGGACUGGGGCACCCACUUUAAAAUUUUAAUUUUACUAUUUAUUUGUCAUUUGAUAUAGCAAUGUGAAUGGAAUAAUGGAUCUCGUCUGCCUGACGUAAGUCAAACUCAUGUCACUCAUAAAUAAGACUUUUGAUUUCAGCAUAGGAGAAAAAAAAAAAAAAAAAAAAGAGUUAAUCAACACCUCUUAACUCCCAUUUUUAGGCAACUGCGAGAGGGGAAGUGAUAUUAAUGACAAAAACUCAUUUCCCAAACACAAACCCACGUUCUUUUUCUGUUAUGUGUUGAAAAUGGAGGUUCCUGGCGAGUUGUCUCUUUUGCUUUGGCUUUUCUUUGUUUCUUUAUAUUCCUUUCGUCCUUCACUUCCUAGGAGAAAACUAAAGCAAAAGCAAGACAACAAAGAGAGAGAGCUAGAUCAUAAGUUAUGAAGAAGUUAAGCCAUCUCUUCUUCACAAUUUUUCUUUCUAACUUCUCAACUUUCAUGGUGAUUCCAACCAUGACUGAUGUUACUAUGUCUGCACUUUGUCCUGGCCAAAUUGAGUGCUCUCUAGCCAUCUUUCUCAGUGGAAUUCAGCAAGUGAUCAUAGGGCUGGGAACACUGGUGAUGAUGCCUUUGGUAGGAAAUCUGUCGGACAAGUAUGGGAGAAAAGCUUUGCUUUCUGUACCAUUGGCUCUUGCCAUAAUUCCCUUAGCCACAUUGGCAUACAGCAGAAGCAGGUACUUUUUCUACGCAUAUUAUGUGCUCAGGACUCUCACUGCCAUGGUCUGCGAAGGAAGUGUCCACUGCCUUUCUCUCGCCUAUGUGGCGGACAAUGUUCCUGAAGGGCAGCGAGCUUCGGCGUUUGGAAUCCUCUCAGGCAUCGGAUCGUCGGCGUUUGUUUGUGGAACACUCUCUACUCGUUUUCUCUCCACUGCCUCCACUUUCCAGGUUUCUACCUCAGUUGCAAUAAUGGCCUUAGUAUACAUGAGGAUUUUCCUUCAGGAUUCAAUCGUUGAUGGGAACCUUUCCACCCCAAUACUCUCCAGUGGAAAGAUCAAGGCCGAUGCGACUGGGAAUUCAAGUAAGAGCGUCCAGAUUUUUAAAACCAUGCCUUCCUUGGAAGAUAUGCUUUGCUUGCUUAAGAGCAGUGCUACACUGUCACGAGCUGCUGUCGUUGCAUUUUUCAUCAAUCUUUCUGAAGUUGGCCUGCAUUCUUCGUUAAUGUACUAUUUAAAAGCAAGAUUUCACUUUAAUAAGAAUCAAUUUGCUGACUUGAUGGUAAUUUCUGGGAUUGCUGGGACAAUUUCACAGUUGCUUCUCAUGCCCAUACUGGCUCCUGCUUUAGGAGAGGGGAGGUUGCUUUCAAUAGGGCUCUUUUUUACAUGUGCACAUAUGUUUCUUUACAGCAUUGCGUGGUCCUCCUGGGUUCCUUAUGCUGCUGCUAUGCUCUCCAUUUUGUUUGUAUUUUCACAACCAUGUAUGCGGACCAUUGUGUCGAAGCAAGUUGGGGCCUCUGAGCAGGGGAAGGCUCAAGGAUGCAUCUCAGGCAUAGGUUCCUUUGCCAAUGUUGUUUCUCCCUUAAUAUUCUCUCCUUUAACAGCUUUGUUCCUAUCUGACAGAGCACCAUUUCAUUUCCCUGGAUUCAGUAUUAUGUGCGUCGGAUUCACUUCGAUGAUAGCCUUGAUUCAGAGUACCAUAAUAAGGGUGGCCCCUCCCAUUUCAAAUGAGAGAAUCAGCAAUAACAACUAUGUGGAUGCCUAAUCAGGGAAGUAGUAGGUUUCUGGGGCUAGAAAACCUGGAAUGGAAGUUGAAACCUAGUACUAUUGGAUGUAGGAGUAGCAUAAGGUUUAAACUAUUUGAUGCAAUGAGUGGGCGGUUUCAUCUUCAUCUCAUUGAAGAAAGCAUUCUUAUCCAAGUAGAGGAGACUCUAGAUGUCAGAGCCUAAAAUGUGGAAGUGGAUCAAUGAUACAGUGGUGGAGUUUGUAAGAUGGGGUCCAUGUUGUCAGUUUAUUUAUCUUUUUUGGCAGUUCACGGAACUAGUUAGGUGUGGCAAAAAAUAGAAGUGCUCUCUGUACAUGCAUUCUCCUCCCAAAAACUAAAGGGGGGGGGGGGGGGGUGGUGAUUUGCAAAAUUGUAUUGUUGGCAUUUUUUGGGUCGAAGGAUUGUUUGCAUCACUUAGUCAAUGUAUAAGAACUAUUUCAUUGAUCCCUGCUUUUCUGAAACUUCUUGUUCAGCUAUGGAUUUUAGAAUAUCUGCUUUUUAUGAAUAUUAAAUUUCUGGAAUGUAAAAGAAUAUUUUUUUUAUUAUUAAAUAUGAACAAAUAUAAAUGUA